GCUGAAAAACUUCCCCUCUCCUUCACUGUCAGAGUUGGAGAUGACGUCACUUUGCCUUGUGAAAAUGUGAUAGACAGUCAGCAAGAAUGUGAAUAUACUACAUGGCUCUUUGUUGGUUCAGGAAGCAGAUCAACAGUAGAGCUGGUUAAUCUUGGGCAGAUUGUUGAAAACACCAAAUCUAAAUCAGACAGACUGAGUGUUACAGAGAACUGUUCUCUGGUUAUAAAGAAGGUCACAGUCGAUGAUGUUGGUCGUUAUGACUGCAGACAGUUCAUAUCAGGACAACAAAUUUCAGACUCUCAUGUUCAUCUGUCUGUUAUUAUCAUGACUGAAGAGGAGGACGCUGAUAAGGUGACAUUGUGGUGCUCUGUGUCGACACAUGAACAGUUCUGUGAUCACACAGUGAAGUGGCUGUAUGAGGGUAAAGAUGUGGACAAAGAUAACAAAGACAUGAAGACAUGGCAGAUUGACUGCUCGGCCGCUGUGUCUUUCCUGGAUUCUCAUUUUAGUUACAAAUCAAAGUCUAACUUGAAGUGUGAAGUGACAGAUGGUUACUCUGGAAAAGCUACAGAAAGUUCAAGUCAAUUCAACUUUGGCAGGGGCGGGCUUGUUCGUGAGACGAGCACGGGGCUUCAGGCCCAGUAA